UUUUUGCAAUACAUGAAUUAUGGCUUUUAUUAAAGACGAUGGGAAUUACAUUAUAAAAGACCCUGAGUUUUAUGAAAUAAAUGAGGACGAAAUAUCGAUAGAAGACGAAAUUAUUGUCAAUGAAAAUUGUGCAAGAUUAUUUUAUCAUGUCAAACAAGAGAAUAUUAAUGGAAAAUAUAUCGUACAUACAGUUCAGGCAUCGGAAGAGCCCGACAUAAGCGACAUUGAUAAUCAAAUACACCUAGAUUAUUAUCACAGAGAUAUCUUUGAGACCAAAAGGAAAUAUGUGAAAACGUAUCGGAAAAGGCGUGUUGGAUGUGACAUUUGUCUCCGAAAGUUUUCGAACAGGCGCACAAUGAUGCAACACCGACUGUCGCAUGAUGAGAAAACAACAAAACGAAAACAGAAAAUGUCAGAAAAUAAAAAGAAAAAUUAUCACGAUAUUGGUACGAAAGUUAAAAAACCUACAAGAGAUAACACUUCGGAAUGCGAAAUAUGCUUUAGAACCCUUUCAAGUAAAAGCAAUUUAAAAAGACACAUGGCUGUUCAUUUAAGGGAACCAGUUUACAAUAGAACAUUCAAAUGUGUGAUUUGUGGUAAAUGUUUUGGGAAGAGGAGCCGAUAUGAAAGUCAUACAAAGACUCACAACUGUCAUAUUAACGAGGAUAAGUUCAGAUGUGGGGUCUGUGGAAAGCUUGAGCCUGACAAAAGAGAUUUUGAUAACCACAUGAGAGUCCAUACAGGCAAACGACCUUAUCACUGUGAUAUAUGUGACCGCUCCUUCAAACAGAAGAGUCAUCUGAGACGACACAGUCGCGUUCACACUGGGGAGUUUGCCUUAUAUAAAGGAAAGAUUAUACAGUGUGAUAUAUGUGGUCGAGAUUUUGGACAAAACCAUCAGCUUAUACGCCAUAUGAAAUGUCACUACCCACCAACAAACAAAGAAUACAAAUGUGACUAUUGUCCAAAAGAGUUCACCGAAAAGCACCAUCUCGUACGUCACGUUCGCUUACAUACUGGUGAAAAACCGUAUAAAUGUGAUAUUUGUGAUAGAAGGUUUACUUAUCAUGCUGUUUAUACUUGUCAUCGAAGAAUUCAUACAAAAGAAAAACCGUACACGUGUAGUCUGUGUGACAAAUCGUUUACACAACUGUCAACUAUGAAGUUUCAUAUGCACGUGCACUCUGGAGAACCUCGUUAUCAGUGUAAGAAAUGCGAAAAGAAAUUUGAGAAGCAUUCUGAUUUCAAAAAGCACAAACUAGAAUCUAAUCACUGAAAAUAUGAAUGUAAAUGUUGAUUGAAUGUGAUUGUUAUUUACUUUAAAUCCUAUGGCAAAUACUUCAUGCACAAUUAGGACGAGCACAGAUUAAAACCAAUUAGAUCUCAGACUGCUAUAACACAAAUGUAUGUUUUAUAAUAGUCUGACAAGGUAGGUUCCACAUCGAUAGGUAUCUACAGAAUUUGCAGUGUUAGCCAUUUUCAAUAGAAAAACCAAGUUGCUUUCUUUAAAAAAGAAAAGAAAAGCAAUACGUGAACCCGAGACCGCUGGCUGGCUGAGCUGGCUGGUCACCAAAAAAUUGUUGCUGAUUUUUUUUUUGCUUUUGAUUUAAAAUAUUUGACUGUGAGAAGAAUAAGGUAAUGGUGAUGUUAAAACACCUUUUUUGAAAAUAUGUAAUUGUGUGUAGAUUCUUGUAAAAAGUCAAUUAAAAGCACUGUUGGAUUUUAGUUGUAAAUAGAAAAAGUGUGUAGUUACCAUUUGAAUUUACUUUUUAAGACUUGACCAUUUUAUUAAUUUUACUUGGAAGGUACAUACUUUUUUUCUUUGUGAUAAAUAUACAAAGUCCCGGUCCAUUUGUAAUUCCCAGUUUCUGCAAACUGGAUGUCUAACAUGUCUAAAGCAAAUCGCUAUAUAAAUUUGUGCACUCAUUUUGCUUUAUAAUGUUGAUGCAUUUAUUUUAUCUUUCAUAGCUUCAUGUUUAUUUCCAGGAUGCCUUCAAUUAUUCUUAUACUCAUUAUUGAAGCUAUCUAUACUCAUGACAGAGGUGAUAUAGAGAAAUUGAAGGUCCAAUUUCCAGGUGAAGUGUAAUUCUGUAUCACACAACUUGUAAGAAGGUUUCGUAUUUUGUUCUUGAGGGUAACACACCAACUUCAUUAGGACCUCUUAUAUACUCACAAUU